AUGGAAAGUUCAGACGAAAAUAUCCCGAUUGAAUACGUCAAUUAUCCGGACAAAUUUUUACCGGAAAAUUUAGUUGAGAAAUACCGGUCCCGUAGUAAAUACACUGAAUCCCAACGGGGACGGGACUCCAAUGGGGACAGAAAUCUAAGGAAAACUAAUGCCAUGGAUCGCAAUCAGGACUCGAGUAGUGGUAGGGAUAGGGACUCUGAAAGGGAGCGUAAUAGAGAUUCCCGAGGGAAUAGUGAUCGGAAUUCGAGUCGGGAAAGGGAUAGAGUCAGGGAUCGGGAUGAGUUUAGAAAUCAAUCCAGGGAUAGCGACAAAAGUUGGGAUAACGAUAGGGAUAAGGAUAGGAAACGGGAUUCAAGAGACCACGUGAGAGAUGGGGAAAGCAGUUCACGGGACAGAAAUAGUUCACGGGAUUCAAGUGGUGAAAGGGAGCGGGACUCCCAUAGGGAGAGAGAUAGGGAAUCGUUUAGUGAAAGGGAAUCGAGACAUAGGGCUGCAUAUAGUAAUAGGGAUAGGAAUUCAAGUAGGGAUAGGGGUAGCAAUGUUGGUCCUAUAAGUGUUCAGGAUGGAAUUAAGCUAUUAAGAGAUAGAGAGGAUAAGUGGACGUUUUGGAAACGCCAGGGUAUACCCAAUGACCUCACCUCCAGGGUUGGACAACCAUUUCACGUGACAGACACUGAGGCCCAUAAGAAAUAUGGCAAAGUUCUCGGUUUCUACGAGGGCUUGAAUCCCGUGCUAUCCAUAACUGAUCCCAAUUUAAUCCGCAAAAUACUGGUCACAGAGUUUCAUAACUUCGCUAACCAUAGGGAGUUUGCGGACGAGUCGGAGCCCAUACACACGGGUAUUUUCUUUGCCAAAUACCUCCAUUGGAAACGAGUUCGCGCGAUAUCGUCGCCGGCAUUUUCAUCCGGCAAACUCCGGGCAAUGAAGUCCAUAUGCGAGACAACUAUGGAUCAACUGAUGGCCAAACUGGACACCAAAGCCAGGGAUCAACAGAUCAUAGACUUCCGGCAAUAUUCAGAUCAACUGGCUUUUGAUGUCAUAUCAAAGGCUGCUUUCGGUGUAAACGCCGACACUAUUAACAAACCCGUGGAUAACCCGUUGUUUGAAGCGGUUAAGAGUCUGUUUCAAUGUGAUCAGGGUAUUGUCGAUAGUAUAGCCUACUUGGUGCCGGCGCUGCGAAAGUUCGUCAAAAUACCAUUUUUUAAUAUGAAGAGUCAGAUGAUUAUCAACGAUAGCAUAAAACACGUGAUAAGGGAGAGGAUUGCGAAGAAUAUGGAGGUCUCGGAUCUGCUCCAGAACUCCAUAGACGCCAGUGUUUUGUCCACAAAAGACAUUAAUAGGAAUAAUAGCGAUGAACAACAUGAAAAGUUAACCGAAGGGGAGGUGUUGGGCCAAAGUAUUAACUUGUUUGCGGCCGGGUAUGAGACCACUGCCACCACACUGUCAUUCCUCAUCAGACAACUGGCCCUCGAGUCU